AGAAAAGAAAGAAAUUGGGGAUUGGGGAUUGGGGAUUGGGGAAGAAAGAGGUUUCUUGCACCCCCUAGCCCGCACCCCGGGCACCGGGUGGGUUUUCUCUGUCUUCCAAAAAUCUCCUUUGACCACCAUCGCCACAACCACCUUCUUCCCUUCUUCCUCCCUCCUGCUCCAAACUUUCCUCCCAAAAUCUCAUAAUUGUCUGCCAUUAUAUAUUUAUUCCAGUCUCCCUUCCAUUUCGAUCCCUGCAUGUAUCAUUUCUGCUAAUUUUUCUCUGUUCAUCUAAUGAUUUUGAAUCUCCCAAUCCCUCUCUGAACAACAUCAAACAAACCCUGGGUUUUCAUCCGUUUUUGAAGAUAUGGGUAGCUGCUUUUCCAGCUCAAAAGUCAGUGGCUCUAACAGCAACGCCGCUUCUUCCGGCGCCACCGCCGCCGCCGCCGCGAACACCCGCAAGGCCAUCACAAAGCCGCCGGCCUUCACCACUGCGAAGCGAGAGGCGCCGCAUUGCUCUCAGCAGAAGGCUAAAGAAACCGCUCACAAAGGGCAUCAGCAGCAGCAGCAGCAACAGCAACCGAGGAAUUCCAAUGUGAAGGCCAGUUCCAGGAAAGGUGGGGUUAUCCCUUGCGGGAAAAGAACGGAUUUUGGAUACGAUAAGGAUUUCGGGCAGAGGUAUACUCUUGGGAAGCUGUUAGGGCAUGGCCAAUUCGGGUACACCUAUGUUGGCACGGACAAGUCAAAUGGAGAUCGGGUUGCUGUUAAGAGAAUUGAGAAGAGCAAGAUGCUUCUUCCUAUAGCUGUUGAGGAUGUCAGGCGUGAAGUGAAAAUAUUGAAGGCCUUAGCUGGUCAUGAGAAUGUGGUUCAGUUUCAUAACGCGUUUGAUGAUGAAAAUUAUGUGUAUAUUGUAAUGGAAUUAUGUGAAGGUGGAGAAUUACUGGACCGUAUUUUGGCGAAAAAAGACAGCCGUUAUAGCGAGAAGGAUGCAGCAAUAGUUGUGCGGCAGAUGCUAAAAGUUGCAGCAGAAUGUCAUUUACAUGGUUUGGUGCAUCGUGAUAUGAAACCGGAGAAUUUUCUUUUCAAGUCACCAAAAGCGGAUUCUCCAUUGAAGGCCACUGAUUUUGGUCUUUCAGACUUCAUAAGACCAGGGAAGAAAUUUCAAGAUAUUGUUGGUAGUGCAUAUUAUGUUGCCCCGGAGGUAUUGAAGCGUAGAUCAGGCCCUGAAUCAGAUGUUUGGAGUAUCGGAGUAAUAACUUAUAUUUUGCUCUGUGGUCGGCGGCCCUUUUGGGACAAAACCGAAGAUGGUAUAUUCAAGGAGGUUCUAAGAAAUAAGCCCGAUUUCCGUCGCAAGCCAUGGCCAACCAUAAGCAACAGCGCUAAAGAUUUUGUUAAGAAAUUAUUGGUGAAGGAUCCUCGUGUCAGACUCACUGCCGCUCAGGCCCUAUCACAUCCAUGGGUCCGGGAAGGUGGUAAUGCAUCCGACAUCCCAUUAGACAUUUCUGUACUAUCCAACAUGCGACAAUUUGUUAAGUACGGCCAUCUAAAGCAGUUUGCAUUAAGGGCCCUAGCGACGACACUUCAAGAGGAGGAGUUGGCCGAUCUCAAAGAUCAAUUUGCUGCCAUUGAUGUGGAUAAAAAUGGUGUCAUUAGUCUUGAAGAAAUGAGACAGGCUCUUGCUAAGGAUCUUCCAUGGAAGAUGAAAGAAUCACGUGUUCUUGAGAUUCUUCAAGCGAUUGACAGCAAUACAGACGGACUUGUGGAUUUCCAAGAGUUCGUUGCUGCCACGUUACAUGUCAACCAGAUGGAGGAACAUAAUUCGGAAAAUUGGCAACAAAGAUCGCAAGCUGCUUUUGAGAAAUUUGACAUCGACAAAGAUGGAUAUAUAACUCAAGAAGAACUUAAAUUGCAUACCGGAUUAAGAGGCUCCAUAGACCCACUCCUAGAGGAAGCAGACAUCGACAAAGAUGGGAAGAUAAGCUUAUCAGAGUUCCGCAAGCUUCUAAGAACAGCAAGCAUGGGCUCACGGACAGUCUCUAGUCCAUCUACAAGGCGAGGCUCAAGACUUUAAGGUCGAGUAAGUUGUAUAGAAGCGUGUGUGUGCACGAGUGGAACUUUCUUUCGGUUGGAAGAUCAUUAUACAUGUAUGGUGGCUAUUGGCCCGUCGAUCUGAUCUCUGUCAUCAAACACAGGACCGCUGCAUUGGCUUCAAGAGUGGCUGUCAUACAUCUGUAAUGGCAUAUUUUGUGGUGCUUUUGCCCUCCAUAGAAAAGCGUUUAGAGCGCGAAUUUCGCUACUCCCAAUCAAGGAAAAAAAAAGGUCUGUAUCAUGUACAGUUUUCGUCGAAAUGUUACCAGUCAUGAGUGGUUGGUUCUCAUGUUUUUAUGUGGUACAGAUUUCAAUCCCAGAUUGUGUGCUUUACAGUGUAAAAAUGUGUAUAAUUUAAUGGAAAUAUGGGCAUCAGUUUCUCCAUUUUGUUCAA